AUGGCUCCGGUCACCAUUUCCAUCCGCCGCCCGACCGAUACCCCCGCCGUCUUCGUUGCUGGUUCCUUCUCCGAGCCGCAGUGGGAGCUUCUCGAGCUGACGCCUUCCAAGGCCGAGGCGGAAGACGACGCCGAAUUUGUGUUUUCUCGCCAGUUGGAGCUACCGGCGGGUACUUAUCACUUUCGGUUCCGAGAAGGGCCCGAGGGCACGUGGUUCCACGAUAAGACAAUACCGAACGGUAAGCCGAUAAACAAGCCCAGGUGA